AUGAGUCUAUUGCAAGACGUUUUGCGGUCCAACAGGGGUAACACUUCUGACGAAUCAGACGAUGAGCUCGUCAACGUUGUAUCACUCCCCGGCACGCCUGCUAGAACCCAAAUAUCCCAGAGAAUAUUCGGGCAACUCCCACUGAAAGACCUGGCUAGAUGUGCGCUCGUUUCCAAGAAAUGGAAUCGCAGCCAGACAAUAAACUAUGUAUGGUUCCAACACUAUAGAAAGGAGAAUUUCCACGACGAGAGUUUACCUCCGGGCAAGUGGACGAAGAGAGAAUCGAAGCAGAACUGGAGAGUUGUACAUUUAUCGAACGGCCGUCGUUCGCCGGGGAGCACGACAGCGGUCAUGUCCCGUGGCUCAGGCUACACAUCGCCCGUCCUUUCGGGAGCCCAGACACCUCGAGAACUGAAAGAAGAGAAGUGGAGACAGGAGGCGGAGGUCACCGCUCCAGGAAAAAUAGAGAUGCGUGGAAUGUACAAGGAACUCAAUGGCCGCAAGUCGAAGGCUAAACCGAAGUGGGGUGGGGGUGGGGGUGGAGUGCGUGAUAAAGGUGGUUGGGUCGGCGAUGGCGAUUAUUAA